AUGCCCAGCAAACCCACUAUUCUUUUCAUUCAUGUUGGUGUGAUGGACGACGCUCGGCGAAUCACAGAUGAGCUAGUCCAGUUAAUCGAUAUCGAGCACAAAGACGUGGCCAUCGUGGCGCAUUCCUAUGAAGGGUGUUGUGUUCGAAUUAUCUACCUCACAGCCUUCCUUGUGCCUAUUGGGUCCAGUUUGUUAUCACCUCUCGGCGGACUUAUCCCAUCUUGUGUUCUCGUUGAUGAACAAGAAAUGUGCAUUAUGACUGAUCCCCAGUCUCAAAUUUACGACGACCUGCCUGAGGAGGAACAAGUUCAUUGGACAAAGGAGAUGCGGAAGUGCCCUGUAUCUACGCAACUUGCCCCCAUCAGUCAAGCGGCAUACAUCUCCCACGCAGUUUCCUACAUUUAUUGUGCACUGGACAAUGGCUUGUCAUAUUCUAUGCAGAAGAAAAUGGUUGCUGAUGUGAGCGCAAAAUAUGGCCUGUCUAUUUCCACCGACGUGCUACAGGCAGGUCAUUCACCUUACUUGAGCAAGACGAGCGAGCAUUUAGAGGCAGUUGAAACUCAACUACGAGAAGCAAUCUAG